AUGGAGGACGAGGACUACAACGCUUCGCUCGCCAUCUACGACGAGGAGGACUUCAGCUCCACUGUGAUCUUGGAGGAGGUAUCGCCCCUCCUGGAAGCCAGGGUGGCCAGGAUCUUCCUGGUGGCUGUGUACAGCACCAUUUGUUUCCUGGGAAUUGUGGGCAAUGGCCUGGUCAUCGUCAUCACCAUCUUCAAGAUGAAGAAGACUGUGAACACCGUCUGGUUCCUGAACCUGGCCGUGGCCGACUUCCUGUUCAACGUCUUCCUGCCGCUGCACAUUGCCUACACCGCCCUGGACUACCACUGGGUGUUUGGCACGGCCAUGUGCAAGAUCAGCAGCUUCCUGCUCAUCCACAACAUGUACACCAGCGUCUUCCUGCUGACGGUCAUCAGCUUCGACCGCUGCAUCUCCGUGCUGCUCCCUGUCUGGUCUCAGAACCACCGGGGCGUCAGGCUGGCCUACGCGACCUGCGUGGUCAUCUGGGUCUCGGCUUUCUUCUUGAGCUCCCCGUCCCUGGUCUUCCGGGACACGGCCAAUCAGCAUGGGAAAAUCUCCUGCUUUAACAACUUUAGCCUGUCCGGAGCCAACCCUUCCCUGCGGCUUGCCCACGGCCAACUGGACCCUGUGGGGUAUACCUGGCACACCGUGGUCACCGUCACCCGCUUCCUCUGUGGCUUCCUGGUGCCCGUCCUCGUCAUCACCGCCUGCUACCUCACCAUCGUCUGCAAACUGCGGCGUAACCGCCUGGCCAAGACCAAGAAGCCCUUCAAGAUCAUUGUCACCAUCAUUGUCACCUUCUUCCUCUGCUGGUGCCCCUACCAUACGCUCUAUCUCCUGGAGCUCCACCACGCGGCCGUGCCUGGCUCCGUCUUCAGCCUGGGGCUGCCCCUGGCCACCGCCAUCGCCAUCGCCAACAGCUGCAUGAACCCCAUUCUGUACGUGUUCAUGGGCCAGGACUUCAAGAAGUUCAAGGUGACCCUCUUCUCCCGCCUGGUCAAUGCGCUGAGCGAGGACACAGGCCACUCCUCCUACCCCAGCCACCGGAGCUUCACCAAGAUGUCCUCCUUGAACGAGAGGUGCUCCACCAACGAGCGGGAGACCAGCAUGCUUUGAGCCUCCACGUAGGACGCCCUCCGGGGACGCUGCCGACCCAGGAAGGCCCAGAGGUGCAUCUUUGCCUUCUGGGGACCAAGGCAAGAACCUCUUCAGCUCCCACCAGCGCCCACUGUCCUUGGAGUGUUGUGAGCGGGACAUCCGGGCCUGGGAACCUCCUUCUUCCCGUGAGAUGGUGGACAGAGCGUGCCAUAUUGUCCCCAGCCAUGGACCCCUGCUCCCCGGGACCCCAAGGCUUGACCAAACCAAAGAGCAAAGGACACAUUCCCAGCACCACCAUCCGGACCUGGCAUGGGGCUCAGACAGCAGCCCGGUUCUUAUAACCAUGCGUUCCCCAGGCAUGACACGAGGCCCAGGCUUGGGGGCGGCAGCAGAGGGGGUUUGGAAAAACACAAGGUGAGAGCUCUCUCUCGCUCCCACGCAGCAGAUCCCAUGAGCUGUCCAGUCGAUCCCUGUGCCUGAAACAGAGCAGGGCUGCCAGGGGCCCAGCUUUGCAAACAGCUCACCAGACCUGACUUACAAAGUGCUUUGGGGUGGACUUGAACGGCCCAUCUUUCAGCCCACAGCCGAGUGCGUUAGCAGCUUGGUACCACCAAGCCACUCCCUCCUGUGGUUGCGAGGUGCUAUGGAGCCGGUUAGACUCAUCGGAGCAAGCCUCAUGGACCACAGAUCGCAACACUGUGUCAGGCCUCGAUUGAGCCCCAUGGACCACAGAUCGUAACACUGUGUCAGGAGGCCUGCGCCCCCUGAUAGUCUUUGUUAUGUUUGACCCCAGGGUCGCAGCAGCUGUGUCCACCCAUCUGAUCGAGGGUCCCACACACUCUCCCCUCACCCCCACCCGUAUUCACAUUCAUAAUCAGCUAGAAAAAUCCCACCACUUCAGCCUC